AUGGCUUCGGAUUCACCCCAGCUGGAAAUGUCACCGCCGCAGACAGAACCCCGCGACCAGUCCAUUGGUGCGUCUGAUUCCAACAAGAGAAAGGCGGAACAAGGCAACGGAACGCAGGCGCGCACAAAGCGGAAUCGCUAUAUCUCCAUUGCAUGUAAUGAGUGCAAGCGACGCAAGAUCAAGUGCAAUGGCCAGAUGCCUUGUCAGCGGUGUGGUCACCUAAAUUUGGAAUGUCGCUAUGCACCUAAUUGUUGUAAUAACAACUUCAAAGACUCGGAUGAAUUCCGGUCAAUGACAGAGCAGAUCACUACUUUACAAGACCAAGUCAAUAGUCUGUUUAGUAAUCUCAACGACCUUCGUACCCAUAGACCAACCUUUGAUUCACCGGGGUUUGAGCACCUCUCUCGCGAUGGUUCUCAAUCGGUCUACACUCCAAUGCAAGCCGGUCUAGCAAAGCCACGAGCCCGUCACCCUCGCUUUCAUGGUCCAACAAGCUCGGCCUUCAACUUCGACGUUGCCAAAUCUAGCUUGCAGAAUAUGGGUAUCACCCCAGCGGAAGAUGGAAUACCAGAUGACUUGACCACCGCACAUGUUUCUCCAACAGCUUCACCACCUCCUCCCAAUAUGGGACAGAUUCUUCCAACCACACACCCUACCAAGGAUCCCAUAUGGACGAUCCGGCGUGAAGAGGCAAUACGCCUUUGUAAAGUCUACGAGGAAGAGAUUGGGAUUAUGUAUCCUGUAGUGGAUAUCGCCAAAAUUACAAGCCAGGCCAAUCUGCUAUACACAUUCAUAGAGGCUGCUACCAGGACAGGAUUUGCACAACGAGGAUUUCCAGGCUCUGACGGUCUUCAUGACGAAAGCUCGAUUCUUUUUAAAUUGAUACUUGCCACCACGCUAGUCGUGGAGGGGGCGGUCAAAUACCAUCAAAACCAUUCAGCUCUUUGCUAUUGUGAUGAUGACGCCAUGGCUUAUCGGCUUAUUGGAUUGGCGGCACGGAUGUGCUUAGAGAUGGGAUUGCAUCGUCGGGAUGCUAUGGUGAAGUCAUUCCCGGAUGAGGAGCAGUGGGACGAGAUCACUCGGCUCUUCUGGUCGGUCUACACCUUGGACAGACGAUGGAGUUUGGGAACGGGGUUACCUUUCGUGAUACAAGAUGAGGAUAUUGAUCCGAACUUGCCAGAACCUGAUGCAUCGCUACCAUACUUGCGAUGCAUGAUCCUAUACAACCGGAUCAGCUCCAAGAUCUGGUACUCUGGUUUGGGCUCCGAAGGCACCACUGACAUCCGUCGUGAUGAGAUCGGCUAUCUGGAUUACCAAAUUCUACAGUGGUACAAGCAAGUCCCAGACGAGCUUAAGUUCUAUCCCGUCGAGCCCCCCAAAACCGGUGAAAACGUAAGCAGAGGUAUGAGGCGACUAAGGGUCCUCUUGUACCUGCGGAUGAACCAGCUGCGCAUCCUUAUCUAUCGCCCGGUGCUCCAUUCUUCUGCCAGCAUUGCCGAAGAUCGAGGCCACGCCCAGACCGUUGUGGAAGUAGCCAAAGACUCAGUUCGAGUCCUCACUCGGUUGAACCAGGUGUCCGAUAUCUACCGGACACAGCAGAUAACGUUCAACCAUUUCCUUGUUGCUGCAUUGGCGGUGCUGUUCCUAGCAGUAUCCCAUGCCCCGGUCGAAUUUAAUCGACAGAUCCGCGAUGAAUUUUACAUGGCGCUCGACCUGAUCAACGGGUUCAGUACCAAGUCCUACGUCUCCAGGCGGCUAUGGAAGACAAUUAGAGGUCUAAGGAAGAUCGGCGAGAAGCUCGGCGUUCUCGUCCGGCCUUUUGGACCGGACUCAAGUGAUCCCCAUUCAAGCGCGGCGGUGGCCAUGGCCGGUCUUGCGGGACAUCCAAUCCAGGACUUGUCGAUGUACGGGUCCAUGAACGGUGGGAACGAACUUGGAAAUAGUCCUAUCAAUGGACUCCAGAUGAGCCAAGAGUUGACAAACCUGUUUGAGGCUGUUGGCGCUUUUGGUAAUUUCAUGCCCAACACUUCGACUGAUGGUAUCAAUGGCUUUGUUGGGCCGGAUGGGGAAAUUCAGAACACUGGUGAAGGUUUAUCGGGUGUUUUAGGUGAUGAAGGAGAGUUUGCUCGAGCUAUUCGCGAUUUGUUCUGA